GCGUGUAGUCAGCGCCAUUCCUCCACUGAAACCAAACGUGCGCGUGCGACCCCGCUCCGCUCCGCUCUCGGUCAGAAAUACGAUUCGUGUGUUCCCGUGAUUUUUGAUAGAAUGUUAUCGUCGCGCAGACGAUGAGCAGCUGAAGAUCAAACUUUCUCGACCAGGCUUUUGUAGUUUCGGUGGAUAUUUCAGAACACAAUGGAUGAGGAGAACACAAUAGAUUUCCAGGCCCUGAAGGCCAAGUUCCAGAACGAAGAACUGCUCCAGAAGCAGCCCAGAAGCAGCAAACCUGUUCUCCCAGACAAACCGAAGCAAGUUCCCCCCCCCCAGAGUCCCACCUAUUACCUCCCCGCAGGAGCGCGUCCGUCUUUGCUGACCUCCAUUAACCAGAGCUUGGAAGCAAAGACCACGGUCAUUCCCAGAGUGGUGUUUAAGGACGAUAAGAAAGAGAGCAAACAGCCCCUGGUUCAGACUAACUCAAAGGGGAAAGACAAGAGUGAAGGCAAGCUGAAAGCGGGCAAGGACAAGUCCUCGAAAUCAACCAAGACCAAGUCUGAGGACGCUUCAUCGGAUCAAAAGCAGAAGAAGGAGCGCAGCAAAGACAAGAGGUUCUCGUUGUUGCUUCCCACGGCGAACAAGGACGGCGCCACGGAUCUGGUGCCGGCCACAGCUCCACCUAAGUCCUCAACUACAAAGAAGGGCUUCAUGGGGUUCGGGAAGUCUAAACGAGGUUCGCUGGAGAUCUCAGCCGACCCCAUCCUGGAUAGCUUCAGCCCAGACAUUCCUGGACCGGCGCCACUUAUUCCAGUGCCUUCUGGUUUUGAUGAUGCAACAGCACAAGCGGACAUCUCCUCACCGAAGACGCUCAUGGACCUCCCAGCCUCACCUGACUCCAUUGCUCCCAUCGAAGUCCCCUCUCCCUUCAGUGUCCCCAACAUUCCUAACUUCUCGCCACCUCCUGCGUUUAUUCCGGAAGCCCCCACUUUCAAAGUAGCAUCUCCAGAGAGUAAAACCCCCCCUGAGAUGAAACCCACUGCCAAGCCCACUUCCACACGGCCCAGCCAACCUGAAAGCACCAGUCUGCAUGCUCCCCCAGUCGCCUCCACUCCACCUCCUCCCGAGCCUGAGGUCACAGCCGAGGCUGGCGUAGAGGCUGUGAAGAUGGCCGCCGUGGCCGCACCUCCACCUGCAGUGGACGCCGCCGCGCUCCUUCCCCCGUCUCCCAAAGCCGAGCGGUCCUCAGUGCUGUCAGCGCUGGGCCGAGCCGAGGACAUGAGUCCGGGGAAGCGGACUUCCCUGAGUGACCAGAGGAUUUUCAACGCUCUGGAAAAGGCUCGCAAGAAAACCCCCAGCCCACUGACAAACCUCACCACGUCUGACUUAAUCAUCGCUCCACUUGAGGAGCGUCCUCAGAGCCCCAGCCUGUCGCUCCCGGAGCUCCCACCCAUCGAUUAUGACGAUCGGACAGGAAACAACUUGCCACCAGCCCAAGUCAACGGCCUCGACCACUCGCCGUUGGACGGCAUCGCUGAGGAGGGACCUGAGCCUGUCCCCGAGCUGCUGGUGGUCCCCCCUCCGUCCAAGAAGGUGCUGCCGGACCGCAGCUGUCUGGGUCCUCCGCCCGCGAAGCCGGAGAGGCCUCACUCCGUCAACCUGAGUCAAUUCUCCGCUCCCCCUCCUCGCGUGGAAGACAGACCUUCUAGUGCAGAGCCCCGCGUCGCAGAGGUCCCUGAGACAGACUACACAAAAGCCCCGGUGGUUGAUGACGUGGUUUCAGAGGUUCAUUCUCCAAAUCUCCAGCUGUCGGACUUCGGUGACGUCGACUACGCUGGUCCUGAUAUUCCAGACGGACCGACAACUCCCACGGGGGAUUACGAUAAUGGGAUACCUGCUGCAGAAGCUGAGGGCCCUGCAGCGUCAGAAGAAUGCCAAGAUCAGCAGCCGCCGGCAGCAUCUGAAGGUGAAGUUGUCAACGAAACCUAUGACAGCACAGAUAAUGCCCAUGAAGACGUCAACACAUCAGGAACCAAGAAGAGGGGGAAAACUGAAGGUGGCAAGAAACGCAAAGGACCCCCGAAGAAUCCAUAUGUUGAGGCAGCACAAGUUCCAAAUGAAGCGAAAACCAAGACUGGCAGGUUCGACAAGAGCGAGAAGAAAGGCCCCGCGGAGGGGCCCGAUGAGAAAGAGCUGAAGAAGAGGGAGAAGCAGCGCCUGGAGAGGGAGAAGAGGGAGCUGAAGGAGAAACAGGAGCGGGAAAAGAAGGAGCAGAAGGAGCGGGACAAGAAGGAGAGCGAGAUGAAGAAGAAGUUCAAAGUCACGGGCCACGAGGAUCCCAUGUACCAGGCGAAGGUGACGGUGACCACGAAGGGGCGUAAGAACGAUCUUCCGGUGAAGAACGGCGACGUGGUCAGCAUCAUCCGAACGACCAGCUGCCCCAAAGGGAAGUGGCUGGCGAGAGACCACGCCAACAACUACGGGUACGUCGCAGUGGAACACGUGGAGCUGGACAUCAGGGAGAUGGUGGAGCUGGGGAAGAAUAAGAGCAACCGCGCGUCCGGCAGCCACAUGGUCGAUGGAGAGGGACCCAGGACAGCGAACAGAGCCUCCAACCUGUAUCCAGGACCAGCAGAGACCUACUCAGAUGACAGUGAGGAGUGGGCUGUCGAUGAUGAGGACGACGACGUUCCCUCAAUGCCUCUGAGUCCGAUGGGUCACUCCAGGACCUUCUCCAUGCCGAACAUGGGAAACAAAGAUCUGAGCGUAAACCACCAGCACAGUUACAGCGACAUCAGCGCUAACGGCCCCAACGUCCAAAAUGAAGCACUUCAGAGGCUGACGACAUUUUUCCAGUCACCCAAACCUGCUGCCAGCGCUGCAGUGGUGACGGGGCCUGCGCUUGGAGUAGAUGUUCACCCAGCUGAGGAGAAGCCGCCAAAGGAGCUGGACUUUGAGGAUCCUGAAAUGCUCCUCCUGCCUCCUCCAGACCUGUACGCCUGACCUGCAGGACGACGGCAGCCCAGCGAACGCAGCCGGGCAGAUGAAGAGGGACUCGUCCGUGACGCUGUUCUUCACGCUGACCUGUGUCCAUCACCUGAAACUGUGACCGUAACUUCAUCCUCUUGGCUACAGCUGUUCUUAACCUGACGGUUCAGUAUGAUGAUUUACGAGAGGAGCAGAAAAUGGGGAUCGCUCAGACACUGGAAAUCUUUCUUCUGUGUGUGGAGUCCAGUGAAGAACAGUUAGGAGGUGGCUCUGUGUGACUGUGAACUAAGGACCUACAACCUGCUGCAGACGCAAUGUGAGGACCUGAGACCCUGGAAGAUCUUUGUGUCUAAAAAACAUGUUAUUGUGGUGGAAAAAUGUUGAAGUUAAUAGCAAACGUAGGCUGUUUAUCUUGUCAUGUUAAGAGUUGGAUGAGAUUAAUGCACAUGUUAGCAAUUUACAGUGUUGGUAGCAGUAAACCAUUUUGUCUUGAUCAAUACAAACCCAUCUUUACCAUUUACCUGAUAUUUGUCAAGUUUUACACAAAAUCCUCAUGUUGUCUUUUUGUACAUCUUUUUCUACAUAGUAAUUUAAUUAAGCUUUGUUGUUUCAUGUGAUUAUCUAACUUCUUACAUGAUGGUUACUACCAUAGUAUUCAAAUGCUUAAUUCCAACAAAUUAGGCUUCUGUAUUUAUCUCACACACCAAUAAACAUGUAUAAUAAAUUCUA